UCACGAUCCGAAUCUCCUAGAAUUCCUUAAUCGAAAUACCUGGAUUGUAAGAAAUGGUGAGAACUCUCGACAAGGUUCACAUGCCCGAUCAGGGGGCAAGGGGUCUCCACAUGACCACCGUGUGUUGGUGAGGGGUCCGAUGCAUGGAUGGAAGUCAACCUCGAUCUGUUCAAAUGAUGCCACACGAUUAGUCUAUUAAUUCCAAAACAAUAAUCGCAUGCUCUAUGCUCUUCCACUUAUUCAUCCAUGGCUCCUCCAACUCCAAGACUGGUGGUGCCCAUAGACUUGACAAAGAAGCCAUGGGAGCAGAAGCUCCCCCUUCACAACCGUUGGCACCCUCAAAUACCCCCUGUUGCAGAGGUAAAGGCUGGCGAGGUCUUUAGAGUGGAGAUGCCUGACUGGACUGGUGGUGGCAUCAAAGAUGAUAAUUCUGCACUUGAUAUAAAAUCCAUAGACCUCUCAACUGUCCAUUACCUCAGUGGGCCGAUCAGAGUUGUCGACGAGGAUGGGAUACCGGCCAAGCCGGGUGAUCUUCUGGCAAUUGAGAUACUGAACUUGGGUCCUCUUCCUGGAGAUGAAUGGGGCUUUACAGCAUCAUUUGACAGAGAAAAUGGAGGUGGUUUCCUGACUGACCAUUUUCCCUGCGCAACCAAAGCUAUUUGGUAUUUUGAAGGAAUAUAUGCCUACUCUCCUCACAUACCAGGGGUACGAUUUCCAGGUUUAACUCACCCGGGAGUAAUUGGAACUGCCCCGUCAAUGGAACUGCUCAACAUAUGGAACAAAAGGGAAAGAGAGCUUGAAGAAAACGGGCUCCAUACUUUCAAGCUAUGCGAGAUUUUGCAUUCACGACCAUUAGCAAACCUACCGACAACCAAAGGCUGCCUCCUCGGAAAGAUUGAAGGGGGCACCCCCGAAUGGGAAAAGAUUGCUAUGGAAGCUGCAAGAACAAUUCCAGGAAGAGAGAAUGGCGGAAAUUGUGACAUCAAAAACCUCAGUAGAGGUUCAAAAAUAUACCUUCCAGUCUUUGUAGAUGGAGCAAAUUUCAGCACUGGUGACAUGCACUUCUCUCAGGGUGAUGGUGAAAUCUCAUUCUGCGGGGCAAUAGAGAUGAGUGGUUUCCUAGAACUCAAGUGUCAACUUAUAAGAGGCGGAAUGAAAGAGUACCUUACACCAAUGGGUCCGACUCCUCUUCAUGUGAACCCGAUCUUCGAGAUAGGUCCCGUUGAGCCGAGGUUCUCAGAGUGGUUGGUAUUUGAGGGCAUCAGCGUUGACGAGAGUGGGAGGCAACACUACCUUGACGCAACUGUUGCUUACAAGCGAGCAGUACUCAAUGCCAUUGACUACCUCUCUAAAUUUGGGUACUCCAAAGAGCAGGUCUAUCUUCUGCUUUCAUGCUGCCCAUGCGAAGGAAGGAUUUCUGGAAUAGUCGAUUCCCCAAAUGCUUGUGCUACCUUAGCAAUCCCAACGGCUAUCUUUGACCAGGAUAUUCGUCCAAAAAGCAGCAAGGUUCCUGUCGGGCCUCGGCUGGUCCGGAAGCCAGACGUCCUAAAAUGCAAUUAUGAUGGAAAUUUACCGGUCACAAGGAACCCUAGCGCCUCAACAUAACUCUUAUCAGGGUUGCUCAAUAAGCCAAGGAGAUACUAGGAAUGAUAUACCCUUAUAAUCAUUAUUCUCCUUGUAGUGUUUUCUAUACUUGCCCUUUCAUAACAAUAAAGCAUCUAUGUUAUUGGCACUAUUUAAAGGUAUUUUUCCCCUUCUAGACGUAACAAUGUCCUCUAUAACAGAAGAAAUCUCCGUUCAAUAGACUAUGGUACUUGAAAGGAGCUUAUUUUA